UCAAACCACAACUUCUUUUGUUCUUCUACUAAAAUUCUAUUCCUCACCUUCCAACACUACAAUCUCUUUCCCCCCUUUCACUCAUCUUCCUUCAUUCACAAUGGCCACUGAGAAGCCCCGCGUCUGUCUCGCCUACUCUGGCGGUCUUGAUACCAGCUGUAUCCUUCGCUGGCUGAUCGAGGAGGGCUACGAGGUCGUCUGCUUCCUUGGCAAUGUCGGUCAAGAGGAAGAUUGGGCUGCCGUUGAGCAGAAGGCCCUUAAGAUCGGUGCCAAGAAGAUGGUGAUUGAGGACCUCCGCCGGGAGUUCGUCGAGGAGCUCUGUUUCCCUGCCAUCCAGUGCAAUGCCAUCUACGAGGGUCGCUAUCUCCUGGGAACCAGCUUGGCCCGUCCCGUUAUCGCCCGCGCCCAGAUGCGCGUUGCCCAGCAGGAGGGCUGCCAGUUCGUCAGCCACGGCGCUACCGGCAAGGGUAACGACCAAGUCCGUUUCGAAUUGGCUUUCUAUGCCAUCCAGCCCUCCAUCAAGAUCAUUGCCCCUUGGCGUGAUCCCAAAUUCUUCAAGCGCUUUGCUGGCCGUAACGACCUCCUCGACUACGCCGCUCAGACCGGCAUCCCUGUCACCUCCACCAAGGCCAAGCCCUGGUCCAUGGAUGCCAACUCUGCCCACUGCAGUUACGAAGCCGGUGUUCUGGAAGACCCCAACCACACCCCCCCUGCCGACAUGUGGACCAUGACCGCCGACCCUCUCACCGCUCCCAACGAGCCUACCGACAUCACCAUCCACUUCAACCAGGGUAUUCCCACCAAGGUGGUCACCCCCCAGAAGGAGUACACCGACUCCGUUGAGCUCUUCGACGCACUCAACAAGCUCGGUUACACCCACGGUGUUGGUCGUAUCGACAUUGUCGAGAACCGCUUUAUCGGUCUCAAGAGCCGUGGCUGCUACGAUUCUCCUGCCAUGACUAUCCUCCGUGCUGCCCAUCUUGACCUUGAAGGUCUCGUUUUGGACGGCCAGGUCCGCGCCCUGCGUGAUCAGUUCGUUACCCACAACUGGUCUAUCCAACUCUACAACGGCUACUACUUCAGCCCCGAGCGCGAGUUCAUCGAGAACAGUCUGAAGUUCAGCCAGAAGCGUGUCAACGGCGAGGUCCGUGUCCGCCUCUACAAGGGUAGCCCCUACAUCCUCGGUCGCUCCAGCAGCACCGAGAAGCUGUACGAUGCCGAGGAGGCGUCCAUGGACUCCCUUGAGGACUUCGAGCCCACCGACACUACCGGCUUCAUCUCCAUCAGCUCUAUCCGUCUCAAGAAGUACGGUUUGCAGAAGGCCGAGGAGGGCGAGAACCUCAGCCGGGCCUAAAUUCCCCCUUUGCAUAAACAUUGUUCCUUUUUUU